UAGUCCUUGCGCACCCGGUAUUUCCAAAAAGUCACCGCCUUUACAUGACACCCGCUGCCGAAGCCGGCAAUCGGAUUUGCCGACUUUAGGUUAUACGAGUCCCCCCCAUCGUUGUAAACGGUUCCGUAGAGAGGUGUGUGUUGUCCGACCUCCGAGCGAGGGGAAGGAAGAAGAGGGAACAAACAAUCAGGGGGGCGCGCCCGAGAGAGAUGGCGAGCCUGUGGAGGUUGGCGUUGGGGGGAUCGCGUGGGGCGGAUGACCUGGGCGGGGGCGUGGAGUUCUGGUCGAACCCGGAGCGGGCGGGGUGGCUGACGAAGCAAGGGGAGUACAUAAAGACGUGGCGGCGCCGGUGGUUCGUGCUGAAGCAAGGGAAGCUGUUCUGGUUCAAGGAACCGGGGGUGACCCGGGCAUCGGUCCCGCGGGGGGUGAUCCCCGUGGCUUCCUGCCUCACCGCGAAGGGCGCCGAGGACGUUCUCAACCGGCAGUUCGCCUUCGAGCUGUCGACCAGCCGCGAGACCAUGUACUUCAUCGCCGACUCCGAGAAGGAGAAGGAGGAGUGGAUCAACUCCAUCGGCCGUUCCAUCGUCCAGCACUCCCGCUCCGUCACCGACUCCGAGGUCGUCGACUACGACAGCACCCGUCACCACGCGUCCCUCGAUCAGCGCAAAAUGGAUGGAUCCUCCUCCUCAUGAACUAGCAGCGCUGUGUCUCUCUCUGGCUCCUCGUAUGCAUCCUCCCACAUCUAUUAUGCAAUCUAGGGUUUCUCCUCCUCUCUUUCUUUUUUGGGCUUGCUUUUCUUGAUCGUGUUGUACGGACCAUUUGCUGUUAUAAUUGGGCUGUCUAUUUGUACAUCUCUAACUGCUGUCAUAAUUUGGCAGUGCUCGAAAUCGAUGUAUAGGAUCUGUUCUCGUUGCUUGGGUCUCGAUCCUUAUAAAUUAUCACAUGCUAAAUCUCCCGACUUUGCCUUCUUCUUGUUAUGUAUUCCUACGAUUCAUGCGUAAGACAUCUGUUCCUUUGU